GCCGACGAAGAGCAGACGAAAUAAAAACUUAAAAUUAAACGAUUAAACACUGAAGACUGAACGUCUGAACGUCUGAACUGACUGAAGUCGCUGAAGUGUCGUGAAAUAAAUGUGGGAGAUCCGAGAAGAUUUCUAAUCAAAAUUCUAACAUACGAUAUCCACGGAACAAGAUAUUGAAUCAACAACCCAUCGGACACUUCAGUUUUUUUUUUAAAUAUGUAUAUUUUCACCUUCUCUAGGUCAUGGCAUCUGAACUUCCCGAUGCUCUAGAGAAGCUUGCUUUAAAGGCAGAACGUUCUGAGAGUGAACAGGGAACAUCUCUCAGCAAGUAUUUUGGACAACCUGAUAACACAGAUGAUAUUUUUGACACAAUUGUCAAACCUUCAAGAUCAGUAAAUGAAGAACCUAAGAUAAAUUUUUUUAAAAGCCCAGCAUCAACACCUUCAAAAGAAGAUAAUCACCUGAAUUAUCCGCCAACAUUUGCAUUCAAGAAAGGAGAGCAAGAAUCGGAAGAACCCAAGAUUUUUUCAUACUUUUCUCAGCCUACAACAGCUACUGGCGAGUCAAACAAAAAUGAAGACGCUACAGAGUUCUUUGACCAUAUUUCCCAGCUUGCAUCAAAGUCACGCGAACCUAUUGAGAUCACUACUUCGGGUUUUCAACUCCCUUCGACCGAUUCCAAUCCUUCAAGUGCAUCCCCUCAAACCGCACCCGUUACUGAAAGUGUUAACCUUUCACCUCCCCAAAGUAACGAAGUAAUCGCCCCGUCAGUUCCAGACCCUUCACGUCUGCCUUCUUCAAGUUUGCCAGCUAACAUGGUGAACGUUGCAAAUAUAGUGUCACCAGCAGCAAGCAGACCUUUGUUCAAACCUCCGCAAGGUACGCCCUAUGUUGUUGACGAACCUGUUCUAGCGGUGCAAAGCUGGAGCAAGACACACGAGCGUGCUUCUAGCUGGUGGAUUCCAAAUGAUGCAGUGCGGCUCUGGCUUCAGUCGUCUGGAUCCGUUCUACCGGAAAGUUCACGACCAAGCUGUCCAGGAUUACUCAACAGUGUUGAACUGGCUGAUCCAAUCAAAGAUCUCCUUCGACACUUUGACGGCGAAGCAGCAGCAUCCGAAAGGCAAACGCUGACAGCUGACCUUGUUACUCAAGACAUUCAAGGCAUACGGGAUUUAAUGAAGGUUGGGUGCUACAGGGCUGCGGCUAAUUUGUGCGGUCGACUGUUAACCGUCUGUGGGCAAGGGUAUGGCAAAGCUGGCCAGUUAUCUAAACACACCCCACACACUUUGCAGUUGUGGUUGACAAGAAUUGCUUUGCUGAAAAAAUCCAAUCUAAUUGAAAUGGCCGUCAGCGAACUUUCCGCAUUCGGUGAUCUAGACUCCCCCGAUUUCUAUUACGAAUAUUACCCUGAGCUAAACGAACAGAAAAAGCGCGGAACGAUGGUACCUUUUUCGUUUCGUCUGCUGGCAGCCGAGCUCCCGGCUCAUCAUAAUCGCAUUAACGAGGCGCAUGUGAGACUUUGUCAGUUGCUGUCCACCGUCCGACGAAUCGUCAGAGACAUUGAUCGAUUUGCUGCCUUGGACAUGAUGAACGAAGAUGAACGACGUGAAGCUCUGAAUCUUUGGUCUCGCAGACAAUCUUCUGUCAUUCAGGCUUUAAUCGAUUGCUCGCUUAUGAAGAAGGAUUUUCACAACGCCGUUCAAUUGUUUCAUAAACAAUUGCGUCUACCAGGUCAUCCACCAAGUCCAGCACUCUAUUCAGCAUUAGGUCGAGUUUAUCUGCAAAUAGGUGAUGUUCAACUUGCCCAACAGGCCUUCAAUUCUGCAGCGGAUUUGCGCGACGUUAAUAAUACCGUCGACGCAAUAGCUUCGCUGACCGAUGCAGGAUUAGUGGCCAUUGCUCAGAACGCUUUCGCGGAAGCUCUCGGAUACUUGCAACAAGCCUUGACACUUCAGCCGGACAACCCAGUGCUUGUCAAUAACACUGCAGUAUGUUUGCUCUACGUGGGUCGCAUGCGUGACGCGAUGCUUUUGCUGGAAGAGAACUUGGGGACGAAGCCGGAGACGAUGAUCCGCGACGAGACCGUCUUGAACGUCUGCACACUUUACGAAUUGGAGAGUUCACUGACAGCGCAGCGAAAAUUGGGUAUGCUUCGUUUGGCCUCGCAGUGGAAGAAUGACAACCUGAACGUUGCCUCUUUUAAACUCCAAAUCCAAUAAAUUGAAAAGAAUCAAGUGUGAAGUCUUUUAAAUUUUCCUCUCCUUUCUUCAGACUGAUCACUGAUAUGCAUUUUAAAGCUGGUUUCAUUCAAUGUUUGUUGUGGCUUUUUAUAUAGUGUGCUUUUUAUUCCAAUCAGAUUCCAAUCAGUUUUUAAGUGGUAUUCAGUUUCACCCCUUUUAAAAACACGUAAAAUAUAUAUUUAAUCUUCUUCUA